GAUGAAUACCGAACUGGGAUUAACAUCAUAAUGUGCUCAUCCCUCAACCCGACCAUGACAUCAUCUCGAUCGUCAUCCACAGGAGCUAUCGUUAUAACUCACCAACACUGAACACCUCCUUUCGUUACACCACCCAACAUCUAAUGAAGAAUGAGUUCCGCUAAAGACAUCGUCGAGAAUGCCAUCGCCAACCGUCGCGUCGUCAUCUUCGCCAAGAGUUACUGCCCGCAUUGCCGCGCAUCCAAACAACUCCUGAAAGAGCUAUUCCCUCCCGAUGACGUCCUCAUAUUCGAUUUAGAUCUUAUGGAAGGAGGACAAGCCAUUCAGGACUACAUCGCUGUUAAGACGGGCAAGAAAACUGUCCCGCAGACGUUCAUCAACGGGCAUCACAUCGGCGGAAACGACGAUCUUCAAGAGGCCUAUAAGAAUGGGACACUACAGCGCGUGAUCGAGGGGUUGCCUGCGUGAACUUUCGAGGUGCAUAAGAACGAUCGCGUGAGGCAUGGAGGAUGGGACAUGUGGUAUCGUGCGUUGAAACCAGAUACAUCUCCGUCGAAGGUGAAGGAUGACAUUAUA